AUGUGGCAAAAUGUGAUAUUGGUGAUUGUUUUACUAGUGCUAUUUUGCUUUCGAGAUGUGCGAAAACCACUGUUAUUCCCGCCAGGUCCCAGCUGGUUUCCGUUGGUCGGUAGCGGCUUUUACGUGUAUAAACUGCUCAAAAAUUUCUCCUUCUACCAUCUGAUGUGGACAGAGCUGGCCCGGCGUUUCGGGCCGAUCGUGGGACUAAAGCUUGGCCGGGAUCAGGUCGUGAUUGUGUCCGGUAUGGAAGCGAUACGGGAGCUGUACAGCAAGGACGAAUUCAGUGGUCGUCCUGAUGGUUUCUUUUUUCGGGUUCGCUCGUUUGAUAAGCGGCUGGGCGUAGUUUUCACGGACGGAGAGAACUGGGAAGUACAGCGCAAAUUUGCCAUUAAAGCGUUGAAGACACUCGGCAUGGGCACGGCCGGGAUGACGUAUCACCUGGAGAAAGAAGCCGAGGAGUUGAUUCAUCAUUUUCGAAAAUUAUCCAGAGCGCACAAUCGGAUCAGUAUGCACAAUGCGUUCGAUAUCUCUGUGCUCAAUAUUAUAUGGACGUUGAUUGCUGGCAAAAGGUUUCAUUUAAAUGACAAACGCCUUGAGUGGAUUACCGAAACUAUUCACAAGAGUUUUCGAGUGAUAGAUAUGUCUGGAGGCGUACUAAAUCAGUUUCCAUCUGUUCGUCAUGUAUGUCCAGUAAGAUCCGGUUUUAGUCCACUUGUUAAUUUACUAAGACCGUUGUGGGAGUUUUUAAAUGACACAAUCGGUCACAUAAAUGGUAAACCAAACCUUGCUGACGAAAACGAUUGUUUAAUUACCCUGUAUCUCCGGGAGCUGCAGAAGGGCAACAUCCAUGCGUCAUUCAAUGGCGAACAACUUCUUUGCCUUUGCUUAGACCUUUUUCAAGCCGGUUCGGAAACAACCAGCAACAGCCUUGGCUUUGGGAUCGCUUAUAUGAUGCAUCAUCCGGAAGUAGUCAAGAAGAUACACCAGGAACUGGACAGUGUGGUCGGACGCUAUCGACUUCCGGUGCUAGAUGACCGGCGUAAUUUACCAUAUUUGGAAGCCGUUAUUUGUGAAAUUCAGAGAAUUUCUAAUGUGGCACCUCUGGCCAUUGCCCAUCGAACAUUGUACCCUGUUCAGUUGGGAGCGUAUGUAAUACCGAAUAAUACAAUCACCAUUGCUUCGCUCCACUCAUUGCAUAUGGAUAAACAAUAUUGGGUCGACCCAGAGGUGUUUCGACCUGAACGAUUUUUGGAUGAAACGGGCUGCAAGCUGAUUUCACAUGAAUAUUUUAUGCCAUUUGGAGCCGGGAAAAGACGAUGCUUGGGAGAAUCACUGGCAAGGUCAAACUUGUUUCUAUUUUUUGCUGCAUUUAUGCAUGCGUUUAUUAUUGAACCAGCUGACGAAGGACUACCGGAACUAGAGGGUAUCGAUGGAAUCACGCUCUCUCCUAAGCCGUAUUAUGUUGCUUUAAAAGAAAGACUUAUGUAA